AUGUCUAUGCUGGCAACCAGUGGUAAUCGAACCCACAGAGCAUGUCUCAACUGCAAACGACGCAAGGUAAAAUGUGAUGGGUCCAACCCUUGCCAAAAUUGCAUCAAGCACGAUGUGCAUUGUUCUUAUCAACCAAAAGCGUCAAGAUCAAUAACAAAACUUCGGCCACACUCAUCAAGUCCAGACUACCCACCUUUGUCCUCUUGGUCUUCUCCAUGGCAGCGCUAUUCGCCUCAUAAAUAUCGUUUCCACCGCAGACAUCAAAAUUUGCUCCCAUAUUACCUGGGCAUCGCAUUGAUGAGAACGUUACCAAAGUCCGUGAUAGAAAAACAUUUGUUAAGACCACCCCGCUUGCAAUACUACGGCUGGAAUAUGUCUGGAGGCCAUUACCUUGCACAACGCCAAGUUUCAAAUUCACCCGAUUCUGUACAAUGGCAAUGGGAUUUCUCUGAUCCUAUUCAACAGAAAAUAGUGGAAAAACUCGCACACUAUUAUUUCCAAAAUAUCAACAAGUUUGUCUCAAUUAUUCACGAGCAAGCCUUCUGGCAACAGUUCAAGAGCGGGUUUGUCAACGGUGGUUCACACGGCUCUACCACUUUGUUUGAGUCGAUUCUCAACCUUAUUGUAGCCAUCGCCUUACGCUUCAGCUAUAGUAAAGACAAAAGUGGGGACAAAACGGGAAGAUCGUCUUCUAAUGAAUGCUUGUCACAAGAUGAGAUCCAGUGGGUCGAGUCUCAUGUAAAUCUGGAAGAAUCAUUGUUCGAUUUUGCCUAUACAGUCACUACUAGCCUAUCUUUUGAAUGGGAGUCAUUCGAGCUCAUUCAGUCGUGGCUAUUGAUGGCUUUCUAUUUGAGAACCUGUCAUCGUCAAAUAUCAUGCUGGCAAGCCCUUAAUCGUGCCGUGCAAAUGUGUAAUGGAAUGUCUCUUUUCCUCAACAGAUAUCCUGACCAUCAUAACGCCUACGACGAGUGCAGAGCGAAAAAUUGUUACUGGGCAAGUUUCAUUAUGGACCGCCUGAUUAACUUUCAAAUGGGUCGCGUUCCUGCAUUGGAACUCCCGGGACCAGAAAUGGAAUCCCCCGACACCGCUUCCGAUAGCUGGCUAAGUCCAGAAUCAAUAGCUUUGUACAAGCUUGCCAUUAUAAUAACAGACUGCCAAAAGGCUCACGGUGAAGAGCUUUCAGAUGAAGAAUAUCAAAGCGCGAAAAGUCGACUUAUCGAAUGGCAGGAGAAUGUUGGUUCGUCACUCCAUGAUACCGAGCUUUGCGCACAACAAGUGAUGUUGUGUGGUCUGGACGUCAGGAUAGCUUUGGAAAUUAACGGCCUUUUCAUAUUCCUUGACGUUGAAGAUAGCGACACCCAACUUGAAAAUUUGAUGCGAAAUGCGCCGGCUGUACACCCACCGAAGCUUCUUGAUCUUGUUGAAACGGUUCUCAAUACUAUUGAUUCGAUCGUGACCUCUGGUUUAUUCUUCAGACCAUGGUGGUUAAAUUUAUCAUUAACUUUCACCUCAAGUAUCAUCUCUUUGAUACUAAUUCGCAGCGGAAUACAAAUAUGCAGGGCCAAGUCAUUGCUCGAGCAAAGCUUCAAGACGUGGCGCUAUAUUGAACAUGCAAAGCCCCCAAACCCACCUGGAAUGGCGUCAGAAUGCUUGUGGUGCCUGAAAAUGUUAAAUCAUAUGUUCUGUCAGCAGCUUCAAAUAUCUGCCAAGGAACUUGAGAAUGUUUUUGGCGUUGAUCACACCAAUGACGCCGUGAAUAACAAUAAAUUUCGUCAAUUUGGCAUAGUCGAAAAAGAGCAUUUAAAGUCCGACUCCAUUAAUUUCGAAGUUGACCUUGAGCCACAAUCUUCCCUUGUUUACAGUAACGAGGACUUACUUGCUCAUUUGCAAUGGUUUGACCAAUGGUUGGAUGUCGACAAUCUCGGCACAAUGCUGUGA